AUUUAAUUUAAAAUCUAAAAAUUCUUAACAUUUUUGUGUAUGGCUUAGAAAACAGACUUUACAAAUGGUAUAGAGUGAAAUUUAAUGAAUAGUUGUCGAAAGACCCGAUUUCCCUUAAGAGGAAGUCAGAAUAUUAAAAUAUUGGGAAUAGAUCAAUGCUUUCCAUAAAUAAUUAGAAUUAACAAAGGAUUGUCCUAGAUUUACGUUUUAUGAUGGACCUCCAUUUGCUACAGGUUUACCUCAUUAUGGUCAUAUGUGUGCUGGUACAAUAAAAGUAAAUAUAAUAAUUUAAAUAAAUUUAGGAUGUUGUUUGUAGAUAUUUUGCAAUGAAUGGAAGAUAUGUAGAGAGAAGGUUUGGAUGGGAUUGUCAUGGAUUACCAGUCGAACAUGAAAUAGAUAAAACUUUAAAAAUUUAACAUAGGGGCGAUAUUUUAAAAGUAAAGAUAGUAAUUUAUAUGUUUAGAUGGGUAUUGAUAAAUAUAAUCAUGAAUGCAGAUCUAUAGUAAUGAGAUAUGCAUCAGAAUGGAGAAGAAUAAUUGGAAGAACAGGAAGAUGGAUUGAUUUUGAUAAUGAUUACAAAACAUUAGAUAAAUCUUUUAUGGAGAGUGUUUGGUGGGCCUUUAAAGAAAUGUGGUAGAAAGGAUUGGUAUACAGAGGAUGUAAAGUUAUGCCAUAUUCAAAUGGUUGUUCUACAGUCCUUAGUAACUUUGAGACCUAAUAGAAUUAUAAGGAAGUAUGGGAUCCUGCCAUUGUAGUAACUUUCCCUUUGGUUACUGAUGAGACAACCAAAUUUGUAGCUUGGACAACUACUCCUUGGACAUUGCCUAGCAAUUUAGCUUUGGCUGUUCAUCCAGAUUUAGAUUAUGUAAAAUUAUUAGAUAAAGCAUCUAAUACUCAUUAUAUCUUAGCAUAAUCAAGAAUUGUUGAAUUAUAUUAAGAUGAGAAAUAAUAUGAGAUAGUUUAGAAAUUCAAAGGUUCUGAAUUAGUUGGAAUUGAAUAUGUUCCAUUAUUUAAUUAUUUUUUGGAAAGAAGAGAAUAAGGAUGUUAUAGAGUCUUAGCUGCUAAUUUUGUUACUAGUAAUGAUGGUACUGGUAUUGUACAUUGUGCACCUGGAUUUGGUGAUGACGAUUAUAAGGCUUGUUUAAAAGUUGCUAUUAUUAAUCCAUCAGAUCCUUUAGUACCAAUCGAUUCUAGUGGAAGAUUCUUAGAAUCAGUUAAAGAUUUCUCAGGAAUGCAUGUUAAAGAUGCAGAUAAAGAAAUUAGAAAAGUACUUAAAAACAAUGGAAGAUUAAUUAAAGAUGGAUAAGUCAAACAUAAUUAUCCAUAUUGUUGGAGAUCUUAAACUCCUUUAAUUUACAAAGCCGUUAACUGUUGGUUUAUUAAAGUAACUGCUAUUAAAGAUAAACUUGUUGUUAACAAUAAGAAGGCUAGAUGGGUACCAUCUUCAAUUCAAGAGGGAAGAUUUAACAAUUGGUUAGAUGAUGCAUAAGAUUGGUGCUUCAGUAGAAAUAGAUUUUGGGGAAAUCCUAUUCCAAUUUGGGUGAGUGAUGAUUUUGAAGAAAUGGUUUGUGUAGGAUCUAUUGAAGAAUUAAAACAGCUUUCUGGUGUUGAAAAUAUCACAGAUCUUCAUAGAGAAUUCAUUGAUCACAUUACUAUUCCAAGUAAGUAAGGAAAGGGUUAAUUAAGAAGAAUAGAAGAAGUUUUUGAUUGUUGGUUUGAAAGUGGAGCUAUGCCUUUCGCUUAAUAACAUUAUCCAUUUGAAAGAAAAGAUUUAUUUGAAACCAUUUUCCCAGCCGAUUUCAUUGCUGAAGGUUUAGAUUAAACAAGAGGUUGGUUUUAUACAUUAAAUGUUAUAUCUACAGCUUUACGUGACGAUACUCCUUACAAAAAUUUAAUAGUUAAUGGAAUUGUAUUAAAUGAUAAGGGUGAAAAGAUGUCUAAAAGUAAAAAAAAUUAUCCAGAUCCUGAAUAAGAAAUCAUUAAUGUUUUUGGUGCUGAUGCUAUGAGAUUGUAUCUUAUAAAUAGUGGAUUGGUUAAAGCUUAACCAUUAAAUUUCAGCAAAGAUGGAGUUUAAGAAGUUAUUAAGAAUGUGUUUUUACCAUGGUAUAAUGCUUAUAGAUUUUUGAUUUAAAAUUUAUAAAGAUAUGAAAAUGUUAUAGGCAAAUUUGAAUUUGAUGAAAAUGCUAUUACAAAAGGUGAUAAUACUAUGGAUAAGUGGAUUGUUUCAAGCAGCUAAACAUUAGUUGAAUUUGUAAGAAAUGAAAUGGAAUCAUACAGACUUUAUACUAUAGUACCAAGAUUAAUUAGUUAUUUAGAUACAUUAACUAAUUGGUAUGUCAGAUUAAAUAGAAGUAGACUCAAGGGAGAUUAAGGAAAUUAAGAAUGGAUAGUCAGUUUAAAUAUAUUAUUUGAUGUACUCUUAAAAAUCACUCUUUUGAUGUCUCCAUAUGUUCCCUUCAUUACAGAAUCAUUCUAUCAAAAUCUUAAGAAAUGUAUUCCAUAAGGAAAAAAUAAUCAAGAAUCAAUUCAUUUUCUUUAAAUUCCUGAAGUUAGAAAAGAAUUGAUUGAUCCAAAAAUUGAAUCUUAAGUUGAAAAAAUGCAAAUUGUAGUUGAAGCUGCUAGAAAAUUAAGAGAAGCUCAUAAAUUAAGUCUUAAAUAACCAGUCAAUAGUCUAACAAUUCUAGCUUCAGAUGAAUAGUUACUUUUAAGUGUUUAAUUCUUAUCAAAAUAUAUUGAAGAAGAAAUUAAUACUCCUUCUGUUUUGGUUGAAAAAAAUAUUGAAUAAUAUAUUCAACUUAAAGCUGAACCUGAUAAUAAAAUAUGUGGAUAAGAUUUAAAAGAUAAAUUUGGACCAGAUCUUAUCCAAUAAGUACGUAAUUUCACAUAAGAAUAAAUCCGUACUCUCAAAACAGAUGGUAAAUUGUAACUCAAAGUAAAAGUCAAGAAAGAAAAGAAAGUUGAAGAAUAAGUAUAAUAAUAACCAGAUCCUAAAGCUAAAAAAGGCAAAAAGAAUGUUGAAUAUAUCGAAGUCGAAAUGGAUUGUGAAUUAUUAGUAAAACAUGUCAAAAUUACUGAUUAAUUCAACACUGAAAAACAUAAAUAACUUCUCUUUGCUCCUCAAGAUGGAUUCUCUAUUAUUUUAGAUCCCUCAUAAACUUAAUAACUUAAGAAUCUUGGAUUUGCAAGAGAAUUCACCAAUAGAAUUUAAAAAUUAAGAAAGAAGUUGGGUUUGUAAUUAGAAGACAAAAUCAUUGUCUUCUAUUAAUUUGAAGCUGAAUCUGAAUUAUCAAAUGCAGUUCAAUCAGAAAUUGCUUGGAUCAGAAACCAAAUCAAAAAACCCAUAUUUUCAUCUGUUUAUUAACAUAAAUACUUAAACUUUAUCUGUAAAGAAGAUGCUGACGUAGAGAAUCAUAAAUUUACCAUUUCUAUUGCCAAGAACUCUCCUAUCUUUUACUCUUAAAAAUUAUUGGUAAUCUUUUAUUAUUAUUUUUUAGGAAUAAUACAGUGAAAAGGAAGUAGAUACAAUUAUAAGAACAUUAGUAAUCUUACCUAAUUUAUAAUAAAAUAUUGAAUUUACGUUAGAUGGUAAAAAAAUUGCACUUGGCCCUGAACAUUAUACAAUUUAAUGAUGAGUAUAUAAUAAAAAGAUUUA